AUGCGUCUGAAAAAAUUGGAUCAUCUUUGGCGGUACCACUCUAUUCUAUCGGUUCUUUGCCUGCGGUGGUUCUGGGCAGUUCGACCAAGGACCAUCAACGGAAAAGCUCUGGUAUCGUUGCUGCCUUCUACAAGCUUCCACAGCUGGCUUCAACAAUUUGGAGACAGCCCGCCCGCGUUCUUUUCUGGAAUUUGGAAGCGCCAAUUCGGCAAACCUGUUGAGUAUUUCCGCGGCCAAACAUUGAGAUGGUACAAUCAAGUCACCUGCAUUCUUCGAUUGGCCCGCCCCAAAUUUGUGAGAAUACAUCCAAUUUCGACUUGGACUGCUUUUCGGAUCCGGCUGCACUUUUUCUCCUUUUUCAUGAGACUCGAAGAAAUCAUCAGGUCUCCAGUACUCACAAGCACCAUUGGGCAACCUUAA